GGCCCAUACCGACCGUAUUUUCGCUUGUUCGAACAUGCCUUGGACGUCAGUCAGACUCGAAACGGGCGACAUCGACCGCACUGUGGAUGUUCGAAUCAUAUUCUCCUAAGAACCGUAAUAUACAAAGAAGGGGGUCUGUCACAUCCGGCCCUUCCCUCGGCGGGAUACCCACCUCGUUCCCGCUCUCUCAUUGAGUGAUAAUCUGCUCGCACACGCUUCCCAAAAAUCUCCGAUGGAUUCGUCCGGAAUCCCCGUGGACGAAUGCUCAGGCUUGUCGCCGUUAAUGAAUUCCAUCCUCGAAUUGACGAGAGAAAUCGAGAACCUCCGCGAAGAACCCCGAGCACACGGUCCCAGGAAGGUUCUCUGGGCGAAGAAAAGAUUCCCACGGCAAGGAAUUCGCUGCGUGGGAUUGAGCCGCAAGAAACGUAGAAAGUUCAUAGGCGCGACAGCCUGGGAUUUCCCGGAAUGUAUUGUAAAGAAAUCCGCUUUCACGAUCCGAGACACAUCUCUAAUAGCUCCUCGAGCCAGCGAGAUUUUCCGGCGCGAGGGGUCUGCCGGAACAUGUUUAGGAACCGAAUCGUCCUUACCCAACCCGUUGCCAAAUCACGCAACCCAGAGCGCCCGGAACGCACUUGGAGCUCACUGCUCUACCGGAGCCCUGGGUUCCCGUAAAGCCGUAAACCGGGAAAUAAUUUCCGGUUCCGGGUAGAGCCGAACACCGAGAUCACGAUUCCUCGAUUUUCGAUCUACGAGAACCCGAGACCGUCAACCGAAACUUCGGGAGCACAAAAAAUAUGUGGGAGAGUCCGGGGAUAUUUGCUCGGAAUACCAUUAUAGUAGUUAAAGAUUCAGGUACGCGAGUCGUAAAUACAGGAAACUUUCUCUCGCAGCUCGUUCCUGUGAGAAUGUUAUUUA